UUUAAAAACCCCACAUUGCUUGUGAGUCGUGAACAUUUUGGAACCUCUGGAAAAAUGAAAGAAAAGAAAAAAAGUCUGAAUUCAGAAAACAAAAUAAUGCUAAACGAGGCGGCACCGAGCGUUUGAAAUUUCUAAUUUUUGGGCCAGUAUACCGGCGUUUUUUUUCAAAUCCGUGAACCGUGAGAUUUAGUCGAAUAACGGGAGACCUGCACAGCUGCUGCCGGUAUGUGAGCGACUUCACACACUGAAGGUAAUUAAAAAAAAAAAGCCGGCUCGGUGUUUGUUCUUGAAUUUGCUUCUGUUUCCCCUCUCUCUCUCUUUCUCUUGCAUCAAUCUGAUGCUGCGUGAAGCUGCUGGGCGAUGAUGCAUCGGUGGGGCUUGACUGGGUGAAUUCGCAUCAUAUCAAGUUUAUAUGAUAUCGGACUGUUCGCCACGGCAAUGUAAAUUCGAGCAGUUAAGCCAGUUUUUUUUUUUUUUUUUUUUUUUUUUUGCUGACCCACCUUGCGACAAAAAAUAUAGCUAUGCCUUAUUUCGACGCGAGGUGCGAGGAUGCCUAUAGCUGUGGUUGUGUCAUUGCUGCGGCACACUCCGGAGCUCCUUUGCCCACGAAAGACACAACCAACCUCAGCUGAAGAGAAGACAGCGAGCUAUCAAGUGCUUUACCACCCAACAUAAGCCAUACGAGCCCGUGCAUGUAGCCUAUGUGGGAGAAGGCCGAGCUGCUGACACACUCGAGGGCUCCUAUUGCACUGAGGUUCCCAAGAACUGCCACAUCCCCAAAUCCGUUUGAGGACUGCUGUGAGCUUACACGCUUCCUGAUGAUUUUUGGAGGGCAGCCCUGAUGCAUCUUGUGAGUGUGAAAACUCAAAGAGCCCUUUUGCCAGGUUUGCAUCACCAGAUAGGAGACAGAGCAGACGGUAACUCUGUGUGUGUCAUGUUAGAGGCUGGACUCUUGCCUGCUCCCUCCAACUGUCAGCCAAAAGCUCUGACCUGCCCUGUCUGAGCCCUUUUUGUAUAUGAGCGUCACUGCUUCGCCACAACAGCACAACGGGAUAACUGUGUCCAGCAGCACCAACAGCUUGCAGACAUUAUUGGUUGUGUUUCCCCCACCCCUGCCCUCCAUCGAAAUAAGAGCCCCCAGAAACCAGGGUCAAGAUGCAGGUGUCUUUCGCCUGCACUGAGCACAACCUCAAGAGUCGCAGUGAGGACCGUCUCUGUGGCCUUCGCACCGCUCCACCUCCUGGAGGAAGCAGUGGAGGAGGAGGGGGCGGUGAUCGAGGAGGAGGUGGUGGUGGUGGUAGUGGAGGAGGAGGUGGUAGUGGACAAGGGAGCAAUGGCAACUACAUGUCUCAAGGAAAGACCAGGGAGGGGUCCGGGUCCCGUCCGACUCCUCAGGGCCAUGCCCACAUGAAGGAGGCCAUUGGGCGCCACAGCAGUAUGAAGUACAGGAACCUGGGGAAGUCAGGCCUACGUGUUUCCUGCCUCGGGUUAGGCACCUGGGUAACAUUCGGAUCACAGAUCUCUGAUGAGAUGGCUGAGAACCUGAUGACCAUAGCGUAUGAGAGCGGCGUGAACCUGUUUGACACGGCAGAGGUGUACGCCUCUGGAAGAGCGGAGAUCACUUUAGGGAACAUUGUCAAGAAGAAGGGAUGGAGGCGUUCAAGUUUUGUCAUCACAACAAAGAUUUAUUGGGGAGGCCAAGCAGAGACAGAGCGAGGACUCUCCAGAAAGCACAUUAUUGAAGGUUUAAGAGGAUCCUUAUCAAGACUCCAGCUAGAAUACGUGGACAUCGUUUUUGCCAACAGAAACGAUGUCAAUAGUCCUAUGGAAGAGAUUGUACGGGCCAUGACGUUUGUAAUAAACCAGGGUAUGGCCAUGUACUGGGGAACCUCACGCUGGAGUGCCAUGGAAAUCAUGGAGGCAUACUCAGUGGCACGCCAGUUCAACCUGAUACCACCGGUGUGUGAGCAGGCAGAGUAUCACUAUUUCCAGAGGGAUAAAGUGGAGGUGCAGCUUCCAGAGCUCUACCACAAGAUUGGUGUUGGAGCAAUGACCUGGUCUCCACUUGCUUGUGGAUUAAUCACAGGGAAGUACAGUGAUGGUGUGCCAGAGUGCUCCAGAGCAGCAAUGAAGGGAUACCAGUGGCUGAAGGAACGUGUGAACAGCGAGGAGGGCCGCAGGCAGCUCGCUAAAAUCAAGGAGCUCCAUCUACUGGCAGACAGACUGGGCUGCACAGCUGCACAGUUAGCCAUAGCCUGGUGUCUGCGCAGUGAGGGAGUUAGCUCAGUUCUUCUGGGUGUUUCUAAUACAGACCAGCUACUUGAGAACCUGGGUGCCCUACGGAUUUUAUCCCAAAUGAACCCUCAAACUAUUGCUGAGAUUGAUGCCCUGCUGGGAAAUAAGCCACACUCAAAGAAAGAGUUGCGUGCUUGAAGAUACAAAUCUGAGUGACACAUGAUGUUUUCAAGAAGACGAAGGAGACAAUAACAUUUAGGAAAAAUCGCUUUUUGCUCUGCUGUAUACUCAACAACUUGCAUGUCCACAGCAACAUUAUGCUUCCAGUAUCUGCGCAUAUUCAUUUUGCGCAGUACAUUGUAUCAUGUAUGAAAAAAAGAAGAUCUCUCAAUAGUAAAAAACAAAACAGGUCAUAUAUUGCUCUCUUCCGAUUGUUCACAGACUAAUUAUUUCUACAGAGGGGGAGGAUGGUUGGAGCGGCAGGUCUCUGCAAUACACAGAGAGGCUGAAAGAUAUUCAACUGUUGUCAAAGCACGUUUGACUCUUGGUAAUCAAAUGAUCUAAAGUUGGAAAAAAAACACCUCUGUGCUAAAAUGCAACUUUAAAGCGUGAAUGGUGCUUUCAUUCCUUCCCUCGCAGCCGCCUGUUAUUCUGUAUGAUGUUUGUACCCAGCAGCCAGAGAGCCGAAGGUUAGUACUCAUAUGUCUAGCCUAACAUUUCCCAUAGUGUGCAUGUGACUGGUCUGCCACGCUCACUGCUUUACAGGGUUGGGAACAACGGAGUACUUGUAAAGUCAUUACAGUGAAAAAAAAAAAAAAAAAAAAAGAAUCCAGUCUGGUGUAACUUUAAAAAAAGAACGGAUCAUAUGCUUUGAAAGUACACAAAUAUUGUGACAUUUUUUACACACUCGGAAACAAUGAUUGAUUUUGGCAUAAAUCCUUGAUCGAAAUGAAAAUGAAUCAAUCAUACUGCAACAGUAACUGAUAGACCGGCUUUUGAAUUAGAGUGCAUUAUGUUAGUUAUUACAAUAUAAAAUUGGCGAUGAGGAAUCAGUAGUGGGCAAGAUUUUGAAAGUAACUUUCUCAACCCUGCUCUGUCAGUAGUCUUUUCGCCUCUUCUGUUUGUAAACUGUGCGCAUGUCCCUUUAAGAGAGAAUAGCCCAUACAGGGUGUAAAUGUGGCAUGGCUUUUAUGGCUUAUGUAGAUUUGCUGUGACCUUGUAAGCCAUUUUUGUACUCUAAAUGGUCUGGCAGUUUGAUCCAGGAUCCGUACUGGUAGGCACUCUUGCAUUAAAAACUCUCUGCAGUCUACAGACACAGCUGUGUGUCCAUCUGACGUAUAAUCUUUGUAUUGUCCUAAACUGUAUCAAAAGGUGUUGACAACACUUUCAACGAUGCCAUUCUUGUGAAGAGCAUCAUUGUUCCUAAAUCACAGGUUUGGAAAGGUCACUGAGAAUCUGACGCAAAGAUCGGGACACACUGUGGUGAACUAGUAGUUUUCAAAUGAGAGUUUCAUCAAUGAUAAGACUGAGUUUAUCAAAUGUGAUAUUACUCUUGCCACAGCUCACUUAGGAUAAGUUUAGCAAAUGUAACUUUUUUUGUUGUGGAAGCCUAAAAAUUUAGCUUCUCCGCUCAUUUCUCUGGGAGUUCUGUCUCUCUGUAUCAUUUGUUCAUUUGAUUCUUGCACACAUGCACGACUGUUUUUUAUACUGUGCAUUUCAUGUCUUUUCCCUUUAGUUUUGUGUUGAUGUCAAAACUUUGUAAUAAGAAGGGGGGAUUUGUUCCUUUUGUGAUUUCCCCAUGAAAGCAGCACCAAUCUCCA